AUCAAAAGCAAAGGCAUCAUGUAGUUGGUUGCGUCUUUAAUCCUUCUGAAUUUGUGAAGUUUUAAUUUCAAGAAAUGGCUUCACAUUUAAAUCUUACUGAGGAGGAAAACGGAACUCGUUUGAGCAAACUUUUAAUAAACAAAGGAGCGCAAGCCUUGAAAGAUACAUUGCAAUCUUUAUUAAAACCAUCAAAUUUAUCUGCUACACUAAAUGAUCCUUGUAAAAAGAGAAUAUUGAAAUCAAUAAAAUUCAAAGUGAUUGGCAAAGAUCAAUGGGAUCUUCUUUACCCGUCAACUGCUUCACCAGACAUUGGAAACUUUGAUAUUUCAUUGUUGACGGUCUUAUUGCGAAAUAUAUGUGGUCUAACAGCACCAGCUGGUGGAUGGGAUAAUUUUCCCUCUCACUCAGAUACCUCAGUUUCAGCAAAUAUUGCAAGAAUAAAGUAUUAUCGAAACAAAGUGUACGGUCACAUCACCAAAACUAGUGUAGAUGACAUUGAGUUUAAGGACUUGUGGCAGGAAAUUUCAACAGCAUUGGUUGGUUUGGGUAUUCAACAAACUGAAGUAGAUGAAUUGAAGGAAGCUCCUCUCAGUCUUGAUGAGGCGAAUUACAUUGAAAUGUUGAAAGACUGGCAUAAGAAAGAUGAAACAUUGAUCGAGUCGGCUGGGGAAAUCAAAAAGAUUGCUUUUGAUACAAAUAAGAAAGUUGAAAAAAACCAGGAAGAUGUCAAAGUGAUAAAAAAUUAUGUAGCUGACAUAAAAGAAGAAGUGAUGGAGACAAAAGCUGAUGUAGCGGAAAUAAAAGCUGAUGUAGCAGAAAUAAGGUCUCGUGAAAAAACUUCUUCAGAUCUCGAAAAGCUUGGAAAGUGCGAUUUCGAUGGUCUGAAAGAAGAUCUUAGUAAGAAAUUGUUACAAGGUACUAGACAAUGGUUAUUUGAAAAACUCGACACUUGGUUCAACGAUGAAGAUGUUUCUAAUGUCAUGGUUUUGAUCGCUGGACCAGGUGUUGGUAAAAGUGUGUUUUCUGCUGAGGUUUGUCGGCGGUAUUCCGAAAAAAAGGAACUUGCUGCUUGCCAUUUCUGCAAGUAUAAUCGAUCGGAUUAUAGAAAUCCUCGAAUGUUGAUAGAAUCAUUGGCCAGUAACAUGUGUGAUACAAUAUCCGGUUUUAAAUCUCAAUUGAAUGAAGGAUUGAAGAGAAAACACUCAAAAAUAAUGAUUGCAGAUGCAUUCCGUGUUUUAUUAAAUGAUCCAUUGCAUUCCUUAGAGAAUGACAAACCAAUGCUUUUGGUCAUUGAUGCAUUAGAUGAAAGUCAAGCUAAUGGCAAAAGUGAAUUACUAGACUUGAUAGCGAAAGAAUUUCGCCGACUACCUAAAUGGAUUAAAAUUUUUAUCACUAGUCGCCCAGAACUUCCUGUUCAAAAUGAAUUGAAUGAAAUGAAUCCUGUCGAAAUAAAAACUCAACCUCGUGAUAAAAACAACGAAGAAGAUCUGCAUCAGUAUUUGAAAUAUCAGUUAAACUAUUGUCGCUCUGGGAACACUGAGUAUUCUGUUUCUGACGACGUUUUAAGAUUGCUAGUUGAAAAAUGUGAAGGGUCUUUUCUUUAUGCUUAUUACGCGCAUCAAGAGCUAAAAUCGGUAGCUGUUGAACUGACCAAGGAAAUUAUUAAACAAUUAGUUCCUCUUGGCUUAAGUGGUUUCUACAAGAAUGAAUUUCUUCGAGUAAAAACAUUAUUAAAAGAGAUAAGUUUAUCGACAAACAAUAUUGUUUUUGCAGAUGAAAAUUUUAAGAAGUUUCUUGAAGUGCUGGUGGCCUGUCGAGAUUUUUUGCCCCAGUCGUUUGUUUUUAAGUGUUUAGGCUUACCUGAUGAUAUCAAGUUUGAAGAUAGCAAUAAAAUCUUUGAAAUGAUAUCUCAAAUUUUGCCAGCUUACGAUGAUCGUGUAACCGUGUAUCACAAGUCUCUUAUCGAUUGGUUGGAAUCAGAUGGUUAUAAAAAACAUGAGUUUACAGUUGAUUCUCAGUCCAUAGUAAACGGGCAUCAGUUAUUGUGGCGUGCUUGUGAGAAAGAGUUUCAUCACAUUAAGUCGAUAAACAUUUUUGAAGAUAAAAUGAACACUGCUACGACUGAAUAUGCUUUGAAGAAUGGGAUAUAUCAUAUGAUAGAAUGUGGCAAAAAUGUCGACUUUAGUUGGGCAGCAGAUGUUAAAAUUGUUUUUGCGAUUUUAAAAAUGAAAGGAUUUGAAGCUUUACGGAAUUGGGCGUCGUUAGCAUUAGAAAAAGAGAUGAUUGGCCAGUGGCAGGUAAUUGUAAAAGAAAGACGAGGUUUCUUGAGUAAGGAUUUACUUCAGGAAUUAUCGGAAUUAUCACGCUAUGAAAAUACGAGGUUUAUAUUUUCAAUCUUUUCACCCUGGUCAUGUUAUUUACAAUUUAUUGCAAAUAGAAUAGAUGUUAGUGACGAGAAAAAAUUAUUAGCAAAGAAUUUAUUGAAACAAGGAAAAUUUGUUUGGUUUGAAGAUUUAUUCUCGACUACUGAAACAAAUAUUCAUUAUUCGACUGUCUCCAGCAACACUAAUACCUCCAGCAUAUUUGAUACUUUCAGUCUUGAUUUUUGGAGACAUUUGCUUUCAAGACAUCUUUGGAUACGUCCUGAGAGGCAUCCGUUUUUGUUAAAAAGUUGUUGUUGUUUUUCACCAGAUGGAUCGUUGUUGGUCGCCUUCGUUCGCACUGAUUACAUCAACAUUGUUCUUUGGCACAUUGAGCGUUAUACCAUUGUUCAAGUUAUAUCCACGAAAAUGGAGGAUACUUUAGGAUGUUGGUGGUCGAAUGGUUUACUGUGGAUGUGGGAUGGUUCUAAUUAUCUUAAGAAAAUAUCAAUGUCAUCGAACUGUUUUGCUGACGCAGAGGUUAAAUAUGUAUACAUUGGAUUCAAACCAAAAGAUUUUUUAACAUUUGGUGACGUCUUAGUUUGCAUUGACCAAGAAAAUGUCGUUCGAGUUGUUAGAAUUACCAACGGUGAAAUACAAUAUAACAAGUGUCUUCCUAUCGAUAGUUUUGAUUGUAGAGUAGCUGUAUCACCAGAUAAUUCCGUUAUUUUAAGUGUCAACAAAACAAAGUUUACAAUAUGGAAAUGGAGAAACACAGACGACGAACUUUACCUUGAAGCUUGGCACACUGCAGAAACACCAGAAAUACCCGUAGAGUCUUACCUUGGUAUAUCUGUAGAAGAUUUCCGCUAUAAUUGCAGUUUUACAAAUGAUAGUAAACAAGCGGUCCUUUUUUUAAGUCCUAACGUGUUUCAUUAUUUUUUCUGUCUUAUUGAUGUGCAUUCGACUGGGAAUGUGAGCGCUGUUUUGUCAACUGAGGGAGAUUAUUUAAACGACGUCUUAUUUGUUUAUAAAUCUUACUGCAUUGGAAUAGAUGAAUUUGGCUAUUUGACUGCUCUAGAUUUAAGGAGUGGUAAAAAAUGCGCAGAGAUUAGAAUACGCGAGGAUCGUACUGUCCCUCCUGUGAUAUAUAUGCAUUACGAAACAGGAACUAUCGCUGUAAUAUCAGAUAGAGAAUUCAAUGGACACAAAAUUCAAUUUUUUAAAGUUAAUGUUCCUGAAUGAAUUAAUCAUUGAUCAAUAUAACUUACAAAAAAUAUUAAAUGAAGACAUUCAUAAAACAUUCAUAAAACAUUCUUACAAAAAACAUGUUGAUAUUUCCUGAUAAAUACGCAUAGACAAUUAUUGAUGGUGUCUACAAAGAAGUAAAAAACAUCGCAUAUGAACUUUAUUUAUAUCAUUUCACUGACCAGUAGAAAAAUUUUCGUCUGCUGAUGAUUUGGUCAAGUAAAACACAGAAAGACAAAAACGAAGAACUGUGACUAAACAUACUUGUUCCAGUUGAUCAUUCGAGCUCGAAACUUCCAGUAUAAAAACUUCUUGGUAAUCACACAAUCCCGAUUGCCAAAUAGCAAGUUGAAUGCUGUGACUUUAAAAAAUAAAGAAAAAUAAGCAUGCAAUGCGUACAUGUCGGUAGCUUGUCAAGUAUAUUAUUAUAUGACCAAUUAAUUGUUUAACCUUUUCUGCAUUUUUCGAACGCUCUAGCUUAGAUUCAUGUCAGGUGACUGUGCUCAAGCCUUGCAUCAAGCAAAGUAACGUAAUUUAGAUUUCUCUUGAAUUUUUAAAGUUUUUUCACCAAAAAGCAUUUUUGCUAUAAUUGUGUUUCGAAAAAGUUUUCUGACAUGUUUAAGAUAACGUUCAUAGAACGUCAUUCCCAUAAACACAACACGCUUAUAUCUUGUAUUAGAUUACAUUUGAAAGUAAACGCUUUGCGUUGUGCAUUGUAAAUGACGCUUCACAGUUCACGCAUUCGAAAUGUGUUAUUACAUUAUUCAUAUUAUAUUUGAAUGCGCGUGGAUUCAUUGUUUUAGUCUUUAUGUAGAAUGAAUAAAACUCACGAUACUUUUCCUACAAAGAAAAGAACGCGCAAAACGGUAUUGUUCGCCAUCGUUCGUAUAUCCGACUAUCCCCGAGGAUUACGACGGACAGACAGAAAGACAGACGGACACUUUUCAGUGUAGCAUAGUGGUUAGGCGCGCAUGCGCAGCGGCUACCCACAAAAACUGUUAUCACGUACAUAAGCCCAUUGUAAAACUGCUGUUAAGGCUAAUUUAGUAUAAUUUCUACUAAAACUAAUUAAAACUGCUGUAUAAGGCUAAUUUCUUUGAAUAAGGGAAUUCAUUUCCUUUAAAUGAAUUUUGUUUUCUGUUUUCACUUAUAUAGAAUGAAAUUCAAGAUUAUAAAGUCGGGUAAUACGACGUGUAAUUUAAAUGUUAACUUGUGACAAACGUAAAGUAACAAUAAAACCCUACUGAUGAUCCAUUGAGACCAUUGUGCUUUCAGUUAUACCAGUAGAAAUGUUAAAAACUGUUAUUGACAAUGAAACCUGCUUCGACAGCUAUUUUACUAAUUUGUCUGUAAUCAAUAUUUUUAUUACGCACUUGCAUGUUAUUUUGGAAGGAGCAGUCGCUUCCAACUAUUAUACAGAAAAGAUAUUUUCAAAGUCACAAAUUUAAUUUAAAUACUAGAGGAAGGAUUUGAAAUUUAGUUGAUGAUUUUGUUGAAUAAGAUAUUUUAAAAAAGAAAA